CCGCAGCAUCAUACUAAAGUAAAAUGUACGCGCUGAUUACUACUGUUCUAGUUGUAUUUUCUUUUCCCGUACCAGCAAUAAAUGCAGAUCAGUCGAAGCUUCUCGAUCAUCUCAGAAGCAAAACAUGGCCAUGGUUUGGAGAAACUUGCCUUAAGAUAUGUGGUAAUCAACCCACACCCUACACCCCAUGUUUUAACUUAAGACCAGGUAAAGUGGAAUCUGUGUUGGAGAGGGCUGGCAUCCCGACAUCUGUAAGCCCCAAAGCUGAUCUUAGUGUUAUUUUUGCAAGCCCCCAAGAAUCCGUCGAUGUGUGUGGAAAAGCUGCUCCGAUGCCGGCAGUUAAUAAGUUUCAAAUUAACGCAAAUGGUAGGGCAGUACCAAAACGUCUGAAGCUUGGCGCAGAAAUCUACCGUAACAGACCCAGCUUGAGUUGGCACAUUGAGGCAGGUGUAAGUUACUCUGUGCUGAUCUGGGAUGUCGGACUCCUAAAAGUCAGAGGCUACUGGUCCAAUGUUUCUAAAGUCGACAACAAAAUUAUUGGAAAGAGAAACAUUUUAUACGCACCACCCGCCAACCCAUCAAAAGUCGUGAAUCCAAUCCUGAUCGUUGUUGUCAAAGAAGUAGCCAAUUCUAAUGCUGCAAACAUCAACUCUAAAUGCAAGGAUAGGGUUGCAUCAGAGAAAGGAGGAGAGCACUGUCGAACUGCUGUCAUGGCUUUGUUUGAUAAUGGGCAGAACAUUGUGGGACUUCAGGCUUACUAUACUGACGGCUCUUCUCUUUAUGAGCAGUACAGGGCAUGCAUUGAAGGAUAUAUCUGCUCUACAUCAUGUAUCAGUAAAUUCAAGGAAUAUGCCAGACAAGAAAAACAGAAUAUACGAUUUAUCAAGUUUGACCCAGAAACGAUUGAUAUGUAUGUCAACAUCCGAACAUAUUCAAUGUACAACCAAAUGGUGUCUCCUGGGCAGUGUAGUCAAAUUAGGAUUGUAGCACCUAUAUUUGAAUUUCGUCCCCGACCGGGUGACAAUUAUCAAGUUGACACUAACUAUAAAGUGACAAAUGAUUUGUAUGGUUUUGCUUUUAACUUGGAUGUGGAGUUUUCUGGUGAUGAAAAGACAUGGACAGACCGGUCAGUGCGAUACGCAAUUCUAUUGGUUUCUCCUGAUGGACAUACUAAUGUCGAUGAUUAUGGUAAUAAGCCUCAAGGGUGUUUAUUUUAUGCUAAUUUACAACUACCGUACAAUGCUUCAUUUGAUGCGUUUAAGUCACUGCUGAAUUAUGCAAGAGUUCAACACGCAAAAGAUAUGACCUUGCACUACUACGUUCUCUUGUACUCGUACCAGAAUGGAGUCACGGAAAAUCCAUUAUGCAUUGGAGUGGAUGAAUAUGAAUGCCAAGAUUCAUGGGACAUGAAUAAACUGCCGGUAGACUUUAAGCUGAGAGGAAUUAGCUGGUUUCUACUUAAAAAAGAUAUUUUCUCAGACAUGAGUGAAGAUGCUAGUUGUCCAGAAAACAGUGACCCCGAAGCAGAGCUAGACCCUCCUGAACGUUUCGAAAUUUUGACCACAGAAGAAGUGGAUGCUGACCCACAAGAAGAGGUAGUUAUGUGUGGAACAGCUCAAGCCCCAAACGCCCCAAACGCCCCUCCAAAAAACUUUGCUACCACUAUCUCUCCAAUGAGGCUGAUCUUGAUGCUCUUUGUUGUGUUGAAUAUAAUCAUCACAAGAUUAAGUGCAGCUCUAUUAGGUUUUGACAUUUGAAUGGUAUCUGCCGUUCUAUUUAAAGUGUUUAUUUUAAAUUAUUAUUUGUUUUUGCCUUUUGAUACAGCUUCAAGAAUGGUUGAUAUUAUGAUUAAGUACAAAUUCUUUGUUUUGACAUUGGAAUGGUAUAUGCCGUUCUAUUUAAAGUGUUUAUUUUAAAUUAUUAUUUGUUUUUACCUUUUGAUACAGCUUCAUGAAUGGUUGAUAUUAUAAUUAAGAACUAAGUCGUUUUCUUACCAUAUUGCUUGCUAAGAAAUUAUGAUUAAGUACCAAGUCUUUGUCUUACCAUUUUGCUUACUAACAAAUUAUAAUUGAGUACUAAGUGUUUGUUUUACUAUACUGCUUGCUAACAAAUUAUGAUUAAGUACUAAGUCUAUGUUUUGACAUUUGAAUGGUAUCUGCCGGCUUAUUUAAGGUUUUUUUUUUUAAAUUGUGUUUACCUUUUGUUUUGAUACAGCUUCAUGAAUGGUUGAUAUUAUGAUUAAGUACUAAGUCUUUGUUUUACCAUACUGCUUGCUAACAAAUUAUGAUUAAGUACUAAGUCUUUGUUUUACCAUACUGCUUGCUAACAAAUUAUGAUUAAGUACUAAGUCUUUGUUUUACCAUACUGCUUGCUAACAAAUUAUGAUUACGUAGUCUUUUUCUUACCAUACUGCUUGCUAACAAAUUAUGAUUAUGUAGUUAGUCUUUUUCUUACCAUAUUGCUUGCUAACAAAUUAUGAUUACGUUAGUCUUUUUGUUACCAUAUUUGCUUGCUAACAAAUUUA